AUGGAUGAAAAAGAAAUCAGUGUCGAUGUCAGCGACAACAACAAUGAAAGCCCUCCCCUCGACUGGCGCGUCUGGUCGAUCUUUAUCUCCCUUGGCCUGCUGUCCUUUAUCAGCUGCCUCGAGUCGACCAUUCUCGUCCCUGUUCUCCCAUCCAUCUCAAAGGCCCUGAACGGCAGCACCAGCAGCGCACUAUGGACCGGUUCCGCAUAUCUAUUAACCGUUGCAGUCUUCAACACCCUCAUCGGGGGCUUGUCUGAAGAGUUUGACCACCGGAAACUGCUCCUCAUCUCCAUCUCUUUGUUCUGCAUCGGCGCUCUGAUCUGCUCUGUAUCCCACUCAAUGACACCGUUUCUCGUGGGAAGGGCCAUCCAAGGAACGGGCGGGGGUGGGAUGCGCGCUCUGGUCAACAUGAUACCCACGGCCAUGGUCUCCCUCCGACAGAGGCCCGCAGCCAUCAUGCUCACACAGGUGGGAUACAUGGCCGGCAGUAUCCUCGGGCCAAUCGUGGGCGGUUUCAUUGGGGAGUAUACUACCUGGCGAUGGAUUUUCUAUCUCAACUUUCCUCUUUGUGGUCUUGUUCUUCCCGUUGUAGUGUUUGUCAUGAAGGAUAGAAACGACAAGGAGCGCUCUUUUGCAGACAAGAUCCGACGGUUAGACUGGAUUGGAGCCAUUUUAUUCCUGGCUAGUAUCUGCUCGCUCUUGAUUGGAGUUAUGUGGGGAGGAGAACAAUUUCCCUGGCGCAGCUGGCACACUCUGCUCCCGAUAGCCUGCGGUGCUUUUGGGCUGAUUGUCGCCCUGCUGUGGGAGGGAUACGGGUCUUCUGCUCCUUUUAUCGAUCUCUCCUCGUUCAAGGUACCGUCUGCCAAUGCCAUCUAUGCUGGUGGCUUUCUUCAGGGACUCCUGCUUUACUGUCAAUUAUACUAUCUGCCCGUGUACUUUGAGGGCGUGAGAGGAUACUCGUCGAGUCAUACCGGCUUAGCCUAUCUACCAGUCACUUGCACAAUGAUCAUCGCCAGUUUAGCAUCAGGAAUCCUGAUGCGAAAGAUCCCCCGACUACGCUGGAUGAUCAUCGCCGGCUGGACACUAGCCGCCCUUUCAUCCGGUCUCCUGUUCCUCUUCAACGCCGCCUUCGAAACCUACAAAUGGGUUCUGGUCUUCCUCGUCUCGGGCUUCGGCCACGGUAUAUUAGUGAUAACACUCAAUUAUGCCAUUCAAGUCGUAGCCGCGGGGCCUCGGAUCGGUCUAGCCGUGUCGAUGUACACUUUUCUCCGAUCGUUGGGGAUGUGCAUAGGCGUUUCCACCACGAGUACCCUACUUCAGAACUCGCUGCGUUCUCACGGUUCGCAGACUGGAGUUGAAAGCUCGCUGAUGCAAAUGACGGAUCUUGCUGCGCAUCCGGAUCUGCCGCCUGCUCUGCUGAAUAGUUUUCAGUACAUGUGCGCUGUUGUCACGGGGGUAUCGGCAUUGGGUCUCGUACUCUCGUUUGUCUUUGCAACACCAAAAAUUGAACGGAUUGGACAAGCUUGA